AUGGCAGUCAACAUCGAUACCGUUCGUGAUGCCUCGGCUGCUCUCCCGCGGGCGCGAUGGAAGCAUUUAGACAAGUUCUUGACGCGAACGGGCCCUUUUACAGAUGAAGAUACUUUUCAGGUUGGCGAUAGGGUAAUUGAGUGGCUAGGUGAUAUCAAAGUCCUCGUCAUCGGAGCAGGUGGUCUAGGAUGUGAGAUCCUCAAAAACCUUGCCCUGUCUGGCUUCAAGGAUAUCCAUGUCAUCGACAUGGACACCAUCGACGUCAGCAAUCUAAAUCGCCAGUUCCUCUUCCGCCAAGCAGAUGUAGGCAAGUUUAAAGCCGAAACCGCCGCGGCAUUUGUCGAGAAGCGCGUAAAAGGUGUCAAGAUCACACCGUACUGCGGUAAGAUUCAGGACAAAGAUGAAGCAUACUACAUGCAAUUUGCCCUUAUCGUGUGCGGUCUAGAUUCCAUCGAAGCACGGCGAUGGAUCAACGCAACCCUGAUUGGCAUGGUGGACGAGAACAACCCAGACUCGAUGAAGCCGUUGAUUGAUGGUGGAACUGAAGGCUUCAAAGGCCAAGCACGUGUCAUCUUCCCGACGAUGACUUCAUGUAUAGAAUGUCAGUUGGAUAUGCACGCUCCACGCGCCGCUGUACCGCUCUGCACACUUGCUACCAUACCCCGCCAACCGCAACAUUGCAUCGAGUGGGCGCACAUCAUCGCCUGGGAAGAAGAGCGCAAGGACAUAACUCUUGAUAACGACGACCCCGAGCACAUCACCUGGCUGUACCAAAAGGCUCUGGCCCGCGCCAAGGAGUUCAACAUCGAGGGCGUCACGUACAGCAUGACACAAGGUGUAGUCAAGAACAUCAUCCCCGCCAUUGCAAGCACAAACGCCAUUGUCGCGGCCAGCUGCUGCAACGAAGCCUUCAAGAUCGCAACCAAUGCCAAUCCCUUUCUCGGCUUUCCCGAAACGGAUAAUUACAUGAUGUACACGGGCGACGAAUCCGUGUACACGUAUACUUUUGAGCACCAGAAGAAAGACGACUGUCCUGUUUGCGGGGCGGGCAACAUUGCGCGUCCGCUUACCGUGAAUCCCAACACGACGCUACAGGACUUUAUUGAUGGCCUGGCGGAGAGACCAGAGGCGCAACUCAAGAAGCCUUCGAUCCGCACUGGCGAGAAGUCGUUGUAUAUGCAGCUGGCUGGCCUGGAAGAACAGACACGGCCCAAUCUGGAGAAGAAGAUGAGAGAUUUGGUCGAAGAAGGCGAGGAGCUGCUCAUUACGGACAAGAGUUUUCCGACGCAGUUCAAGUACAAGGUCAUUUAUUCAAAGUGA